AUGGUGUCUUACAAAAUACAUUUUGCUGAUCCGUCUUUUGAUCAACCAGGACGUAUCGACUUUCUUCUUGGAGCUGACAUUUAUAAUCAAAUAUUCAAGAAUGGUUACCAAGUACGUCACGUCAUUGGAUUACCUUCAGCAUUCGAGACUAGCCUUGGAUGGAUUUUUGUUGGAACUUCAUUUCAAGACAGUUCACCUUCACACUGCUCGUCUCUUCUAGUGUCAUCCGAACCUCCUCUCAGCCGGUUGCUCAACCGUUUUUGGGAAGUGGAAGAGCCGGUUGUACGUCCCGGGCCAUUCACGGAAGAAGAAAAAUGUGAAGAACAUUUUUGUCAAACGACUAAUCGUGAUGAGUCUGGACGGUAUAUUGUGAAUUUUCCCUUUAAGAUUGACCCGAGUACAUUGGGUGAAUCGCGCUGCAUGGCGUCGUCACGUUUCUUCAAUCUAGAACGGAAAUUACAAAACGAUUCAGAGUUGUAUGAAGCAUAUAGAUCAUUCAUGGACUGCUACCUCAAGCUUGGCCAUAUGCAACUUGCCGCUACACCAGCUAAAUACAUAAUAGAACAUCAUGCGGUGGUCAAGCAUGAAAACAAUAAAAUCAAAUUACGGGUGGUAUUCGAUGCCUCUGCCUGCACAUCCAAAGGAUCGUCUCUAAACAGCAUACUCUAUACCGGACCAAAAUUACAACGGGACAUACUGCAUUUAUUAAUGUGUUGUCGACUACAUCGAUACAUGUUUACGGUGGACAUUUGCAAAAUGUACCGUCAAAUCAUUAUUCCACCUUCAGAGCGUGAUUACCAACGCAUCUUAUGGCAAAAUGACCCUUCCACCUCAUUGGAAGAAUACGAGUUAUGCACCGAUGAAGGUAAACAAUAUCCGGCUGCUAUGGAUGUCUUAUCUACCCAAACUUAUGUGAAUGACAUUAUAACAGGAAACAAUACAGUAGACGAAGUACUAAUGUUACAGCAACAAACCAUUCAAUUGUUGGCUCAUGGUGGGAUUUGUGCUCGAGAAGUGGGCAAGCAACUGUCCUGA